UUGCUGUGGUUUGUUAAUCUGCUGGUAUUCAUCUCCCUGACAUGUCCCUGGACCUGCUCCUGGACUUCCAGCUUUUACUGGGGCCUCCUGCCCUAGAUCUCACUCGGUUGCGUGUGUCCAAAGCCCAGUCCCUUUCUUGCUUGUGAUGCAUGCUCUCUUCCUCUCUCCUGUUCUCUCAGCCCCCCGCCACCUCCCCACUUGAACCCUGCAUCUGCCUUCCUCUGAAAUUACCUGGGUUCUUCUGUCUGGUGUGGUUGCUGCCCAAGCUGAGAAGUCUAAGAGCAGGGAAAGAGUUGGAACGGUGCCAGCGGCAGGCGGACGAGGUGACGGAAAUCAUGCUCAACAACUUCGACAAGGUCCUGGAGCGCGAUGGAAAACUGGCAGAGCUGGAGCAGCGUUCUGACCAACUCCUGGACAUGAGCUCAGCCUUCAGCAAGACAACCAAGACCCUGGCCCAGAAGAAGAGCUGGGAGAACAUCCGAUGCCGGAUCUACUUGGGGCUGGUGGUGGGUGGCGGCCUGCUCGUCAUCCUGAUUGUGCUCCUGGCCAUCUUUCUCCCACAGAGCAGUGAGGGCAGCAGUGCCCCACAGGCCCAGGACGCAGGCGCUGCCUCAGGGCCUGGGGACUGACCCAGCUGGGCCUGAGGAGUGGCCGAUGGCCAUACUGGCUGGUUCUGGUCUCCAGAGAACCCUGGUGUUUGCUCCCACCUGAGCCACCCAACUGAGUGCUGAAGAGCAUCCCUGAUGUGUGCACCUUUGCAUCUCCUAUCACGCCACAGACUGGCCCUUGAGGGCAGCCUGCUGCACUGGCCAUGCCAGGCCAGCCCCACCUGGAGCUCAGUAAAAGCUGCUGUUUGGUUAAAAGCUGCUGUUUGGCUAAAA